UAAGACACUGAUUUUUAGGACAAGAAGCAGCGCCGGGGGAGUCGCGGUGAUGACAGAGACGCCGGUGAGGUGCACGGUGUGCCGCGAGGUGGUGCUGGUGCCCGGGGGGAACACCUCGCCGCUGCUGCAGCACAUGAGGUGCAAGCACCCGUGCCUCAAGACCGCCUUCUUCGACAGCGUGCCGGCCCCGUCCAAGGCGACCUCUGCACCGCAGAAGCCCGAGUGUGAUGGACAAGUUGUGGACAUGAAAACAGCAUAUGUGACUACAGUGGAGACAUGGAAGCCGGGCUGCAGCCCAGUGACGUGUCCCCGCUGCCUCACCACCUCGCAACCCAUCGCCAAGCGCCAGGUCAACAAGGUCUGCAAGACAUUCUUCGGCGCCUUCGGCAUCAUGCUGUGCUGGCCCUUGUGCGUGCUGCCGUGCAUGUUGUUGGGCUCCAAGGAAGUGUGCCUCUACUGCUCCCACUGCGGCUGCUUCCUUGGAACGCCAGACCACCUGCAUGUUGCGAAACCGGAUCCCGGGUGCCCGAAGGUCAAGGAAGGCAGUCAGCAGUACCCGAGCAGGGCCGAUAGACGUCAGCCGUCCCCAGAUGCUGCAAAGGAGAACAAGGAGUCCCCGGAUGCUGCCGAGGAGAGCAGGCAGUGCCCAGAUAAUGCCGAGGAGAAUAAAGAGACACCAGAACCCACCCGCAAACCGUGCCCUUGCCGCUGCCCCCGGCCACCGGCUGGUACCAAGCCAUCGGGACCCUGUCGCUGUGCCUGCAUGAGGGAGCAAAACCUUCCUUGAAAAUUCCAUUGCCACAUUUCGAUGUGUGCGCUCAUUCUAUGCGAUAAAUUAUUAAUCACGUGUCAAUACUAAAAUAAUUGUGACAUAAUGCAUACCUCAGUGGUGUCAAUAAUAUUGUUCCAAAUAAAACAUUUUAUCAUAGUCUUCAAA